GGCGAGCCGUGCGCAGCGGCGUGUGUGGGGCCGUGUGCAGACCCGCGUGUGGCGCAGGCAAGGACCCUGAAAAUAAACAGCCGCUGCCUGGCGAGCCGCCUUCUCCGGGCCUGCGUCCCGAGUCUCCGCUGCCCGCGGGCCCGCUCCGACGCCGAGAGGAGGGAGAGUUGAAAACAAACUGUUGGCUCCUCUGCUCUUCCUUAGCCUCCUGACAAUCUACCUGCAGCCAUGAGCAGCAACGAGUGUUUCAAGUGUGGACGAUCUGGCCACUGGGCCCGGGAGUGCCCAACCGGGGGAGGCCGCGGUCGUGGAAUGAGAAGCCGCGGCAGAGGUGGUUUUACCUCGGAUAGAGGUUUCCAGUUUGUUUCCUCAUCUCUUCCAGACAUCUGUUACCGCUGUGGUGAGUCUGGUCAUCUGGCCAAGGAUUGUGACCUUCAGGAGGAUGAAGCCUGCUAUAACUGCGGCAGAGGUGGCCACAUCGCCAAGGACUGCAAGGAGCCCAAGAGAGAGCGAGAGCAGUGCUGCUACAACUGUGGCAAACCAGGCCACCUGGCUCGUGACUGUGACCACGCGGACGAGCAGAAGUGCUAUUCUUGUGGAGAGUUCGGACACAUUCAGAAAGACUGCACCAAAGUGAAGUGCUAUAGGUGUGGUGAGACUGGUCAUGUAGCCAUCAACUGCAGCAAGACAAGUGAAGUCAAUUGUUACCGCUGUGGCGAGUCAGGGCAUCUUGCACGGGAAUGCACAAUUGAGGCCACAGCCUAAUUAUUUUCCUUUGUCGCCCCUCCUUUUUCUGAUUGAUGGUUGUAUUAUUUUCUCUGAAUCCUCUUCACUGGCCAAAGGUUGGCAGAUAGAGGCUACUCCCAGGCCAGUGAGCUUUACUUGCCGUGUAAAAGGAGGAAAGGGGUGGAAAAAAAAAAAAACCGACUUUCUGCAUUUAACUACAAAAAAAAAAGUUUAUGUUUAGUUUGGUAGAGGUGUUAUGUAUAAUGCUUUGUUAAAGAACCCCCUUUCCACGCCACUGGUGAAUAGGGAUUGAUGAAUGGGAAGAGUUGAGUCUGACCAGUAAGCCCGCUCUGGGCUUCUUGGAUAAGUUCCCAUGUAGGAGGUAAACCAAUUCUGGAAGUGUCUUGGAACUUCCAUAAGUAACUUUAAUUUUAGCAUAAUGAUGGCCGUGGAUUGCCUGACCUCAGUAGCUAUUAAAUAACAUCAAGUAACAUCUGUAUCAGGCCCUCACGCAACAUACAGUUAAGUGGGAGUAAACAAAAUAAGACGAAAGUGUGUGUGGAUGGCUAAGGCGAGAGCACCCGGGAUAAAAGCCUAAAAACAGGAAACAGCUUCUCUGCAGCAUCUGCUGCUGCUGGACCUACAGAUGGUGACGGCAAAGGUUUAGAACACAUUGUUUUUUUUUCAAAGACGAAAUCUCAAAAAACCCAGAGUCAACAUCGAUGCUCGAGAGUUAGCAUAAUUUGGAGUUAUUCAGGAAUUGCAGAGAAAUGCAUUUUCACAGAAAUCAAGAUGUUAUUUUUGUAUACUAUAUCACUUAGACAACUGUGUUUCAUUUGCUGUAAUCAGUUUUUAAAAGUCCGAUGGAAAAAGCAACUGAAGUCCUAGAAAAAAAAUAGAAAAAUGUAAUUUUAAACUAUUCCAAUAAAGGUGGAGGAGGAAGGGGAAUUUGACUAAAGUUCUUUUUGUUUCCAAUUUUCAUUCAUGUAUAUAGUGUGAAAUGCCAUAUUAAAGAGGGGAAUGUGGAGGACUGAAA